AUGGAAAGUUCUUUUCUUUCAAGUCAAUAUUUCGAUGGUGGUCUAGAAUUUUCUAAUCCUUUCAUUGGUUUUGGUAUUAAUACAGAAUAUUUAAAGAACAAGACGACAACAAAUGCACUAAGACAAAUAUACUUAACAUAUUGUUUAAAUUUUCCACGUGUCACUUUAGAACUUGAUUUAUCUUACCUUGAACUAACAUCUCAAUUCAUCGAAGCGAUCGAUAAUGUUCUCUCGAUUCCUUCACGAAAUGAGCAAAUUAUUAAAUUAAAAGAAGUUCUUUCAACAUAUGGUCAUGUUUAUCCACGUCAAGUUGUUUUGGGUGGUCAACUUUAUCAUACAGAAAUACAUCAUAAUCAAGAUAAAGCUGAAGAAGCAAAAAAACGAAUAAGUGCUGAAGCAUCUUUCUUUGCUUCAAUUAUUAAACCAGCCAAAAUAUAUGUCGGUGGUGGUUCUGAGAAUCAAUUACAAAAUAAAUCAUCUAACCAAACAUCAUUAUUGAGUUUCCAAGCAAUUGGAGGGGAUACACGACUCCAUCGUGAUCCAACACUUUGGACAGAUAGUGUGGCUGAGCCAUCUUUAUGGCGUAUUAUUGAACAAGAUAAUUAUCAAUCUGUAAUUACAUUACUCGAUCAAGAACGACAACAAAAACUUCAAAGAAUCAUUAGUUAUCCAACUAUGAAGGGAAUUUAUGUAAAUACUAGUGCAAGUGAAACAAGAUUUCGAGAAACUUUUGACUUAUUUUUAGAUACAAAAUGGAAACAAUAUGCUACUACUGUUGCUGGAGGCAAUGGAUAUGGAAAUCAAUUGAAUCAACUUGAUACCCCUUUCAGUAUAUUUAUUGAUAAUCAAUCCAUUUAUAUUGCUGAUUGGGGAAAUCAUCGUAUUGUUGAAUGGAAAUCGAAUGAAAAAUAUGGUCAAAUUAUUGCAGGUGGAAAUAGGUAUGGAGAUAAAAUUCCCCAAUUGAAUUAUCCAACAAAUCUGAUUAUUGAUAAACAAAAUAAUUCUUUUAUUGUCUCCGAUUGGGGAACCAGACAAAUAACGCAAUGGUCUCGUCAAAAAAAUGCAAACGGACGAAUUAUCAUUGAGAAUAUUGACUGUGUAGGUAUAGCAAUGGAUAAUAAGGGAUAUCUUUAUGCUUCUGAUUGGAUCAAGAAUGAAGUGAGACGAUGGAAAAUAGGGGAUAAAGAUGGAACAUUAAUAGCAGGUGGAAAUGGAAAAGGAGAUAAUCUAAAUCAACUUGAUGCUCCUGGUUAUAUCUUUGUUGAUAAAGAUUAUUCAUUGUAUAUAUCAGAUUGGAAGAAUCAUCGUGUGAUGAAAUGGAUAAAAGAUGCAAAAGAAGGAAUUAUUGUUGCUGGUGGAAAUGGUCCCGGAAACACUUUAAGACAACUGGCUUCUCCUAGAGGAGUAAUUGUCGAUCAGUGUGAUCAAAUAUAUGCCGCAGAACGCGACAAUAAUCGAAUAACGCGUUGGUGUGAAGGAGAUAAAGAAGGAUCUAUUGUUGUUGGUGGAAAUGGACAGGGAGAAGAAUCAAAUCAGUUGUAUUGUCCUAUGGGUUUGUCAUUUGAUUUGCAACAAAAUCUCUAUGUAGUUGAUUGCGAAAAUCAUCGAAUACAAAAAUUUGAAAUAACUUCACAAUAA